AUGGCCCCGAUUCCCAUCCUGAGCUGCCUCUGUGGCGCACUGCUUCUGCUCGUGUUCGUGGUUGCCGCUGUCGUUGUCGACGCCACGGCGCCCUCCCUGUCCCUGGCCGCCAGGCACGAGCGGUGGAUGGCCAAGUUCGGGCGCGCCUACACGGACGCCGACGAGAAAUCGCGCCGGCGGGAGGUGUUCGCCGCCAACGUGCAGCACGUUGACGCUGUCAACCGGGCGGGCAACCUGACAUACACGCUCGGGCUCAACCAGUUCUCCGAUCUCACCGACCACGAGUUCCUGGAGACGCACCUCGGGUACCGUUACCAGCUUCGUCCUGAGGGCCAAACCGACGACGAGUUCCUGAAGGGCAACACGCCGGUGGCACCGGUGAACAUGUCCAAGGCUCCCGCUCUGAGGAAUGGCCAGUUCCGGUACAUGCCGGACAGCGUGGACUGGAGGACCCAGGGUGCUGUCACCGAAGUCAAGAACCAACGCUUCUGCGGAAGUUGCUGGGCGUUCGCGGCGGUGGCGGCGACGGAGGGGCUUGUAAAGAUCGGCACCGGCAACCUCAUCUCGAUGUCGGAGCAACAGGUCCUCGACUGCACGGGCGGCACCAACACCUGCAGCGGCGGAGACAUCAACGCCGCACUCCGCUAUGUCGCCGCCAGCGGCGGCCUACAGCCAGAGGCGGCCUACGCGUAUAGCGGCCAGCAGGGCGCGUGCCGCAGCGGCGGCGUCAGGCCAAACUCGGCCGCCUCCGUCGGCGCCCCACGGUGGGCGCGCCUAUACGGCGACGAGGGCGCGUUGCAGGAGCUCGCGGCCAGCCAGCCGGUGGCCGUGGCCUUGGAGGCCACGGACCCGGACUUCCGGCACUACAGGAGCGGCGUGUACGCCGGCAGCUCGUCGUGCGGGCAGAGGCUCAACCACGCUGUGACGGUGGUCGGCUACGGGGCGGACGGCGGCGGGCAGCAGUACUGGGUGUUGAAGAACCAGUGGGGAACGGGGUGGGGCGAGGGGGGCUACAUGCGCGUCGCGCGCGGGAACGGCGCCAACUGCGGCAUCGCAACCUACGCCUACUACCCGACCAUGGACAGCUAG